AUGGAUGAACUACACGAUCUAAAUUACAAACUAGACCUAAGUUCAGAGUCUGAUUCAGAUGAAGAAAUGAACGAACUUUUACUUUUGUAUUCAUUAUCAAAACGAAAUAAAUCUAUAUGGAAAAGCGCGUACAUGAAGAAAAGAAAAAGUCACGGUGAAUUUAUUCUGACAUCGGAAUUUUCCGAUAAACAGUUCACCAAUUACUUCCGUUUGAAUCGAAACCAAUUUAAUGAAGUCCUAAGUAUUGUCAAUGAUAAAAUUUAUUCAGUAGGAUGUAAUGCUCAAAAACCAAUUGAUCCCGAAGAAAAACUCGCUGUAUUUUUAAGGUGA